GGGGGAUCUCAUCGAUGAUUCGUGCACAUGACCCGUGCGAAUAUCGCAAACAUGGCCGACACCAUUGUUUUGAUUGCAUCUGCAUUAUUUUUUAAUUGCUCGGUGUUUCUUUUUAUUAAUACACCAUCGUCGAUAAUGUGAACGACACAAUUGCUACCGGCAGCCAUCGACUACAAUUUUUGGAGGUACAUUUAUAACGUAUAAUUUUCUCGUGUUAGCCCUAUGCUGAAUUGACAUUUUGAAAUUAAUAUGUUUUCACACAUUUUUAAUGCCGAGUAAAGAUCACAUCACCGUCACUCACCGAUCACGACGUCCGGGAUUUCGAAAAUGGACAACGCUGGUCAUCAUCCAUCUGCAGUGAAAAAACGUUCCAUCGAUGAUAUCAUUAAUAACAUUACGUCGGAUCUCCAAAGUUAUGAAGGUCGUUACAUGGUUUUGGGUAACCCUAGACAAUCAAAUGAUUUUAUGUGGCAGCAAGUUAAUAACUAUGCAACGCCACAACAGCAACAACAACAACAACAACAACAACAACAACAACAUAACAUUUAUAAUCCCGAACCAAUCAAUUUGACAAAUAAUCAAUAUGUUUUGAACUCUAAUCAGUAUAACCGGUACAUGCAACCUCAAAAUCCUAUGCCACCGGGUUUUGUAAAUUAUGACCACCAAGUUUAUCCACAACAUCAUCAUCAUCAUCAUCAUCCUCCUCCUCCUCAUCACCAUCAACAGCCCCAACAACAACAACAGCAGCCGCCAACACCACAACAUCCUUCUCAGCAACAGCAACAGCAAAUGAACUAUACUUACUAUCAACAUUCACAAUAUAAUGGCCAUCCUGUAUCAUACCAAACUCCGUCGUAUGGCCUUUUCGAUACACCCUGCAACGAUGCUCUAAUUGAAAACUUAGUUCAAAGUUGGAGUCAAACUCAAAGUGGAGGUGUUUUUAGUCCAUUUGGGAAUCAGGCGUUUCAGACUUCAAGAGAAAUGAUCCCUGAAUGUGAAAUCAAUGUUCACAAUAGUUCACUGCCCUUUAAGGAUAAAACAAUCGCUACUCCAGUGAAGAAGGUUCGAAUGGUUGCAGAAGUCCGUCCAAUGCGACCAAGUUAUUCUGAUGUUCUUGCUAAAUCUCCUGCUGUUGGCCCUGUAAAAAAAACAGCGGUUUGUACACAAGUAGAAACACCUUCAGACAUUAAAAAUACUUCAAAAGCCAAGACAGCUGUUAAAAAGAAGAAAAACUCUACAAAGGUUUCCAAAGUUGAAUCCGGUUUGAAAAGACAAAAUUCUUCAGCCAGCAGUGAAGAACGUAAUACUCCUAUUAUCGAAUUCAAAGAAGAUAAAAAAUCUGAAGCUUCAAUUAAUAGUAAUGAUAAAAUAUGGACUUCUUCUGAAGAUUUAAAUGGAUCUGAAUAUUACGAAGCUGAUGAAAAUGCAUACGGUAAUAUUCCGGUACCAAAGCCUAAAGAAACUAAAAAAGAUAAAGUCAAAGUUAAAACCAAGUCUACGCCUCAUCCAAAAAAUUUAGGUCACAGUUUUAAGCCUUAUAAAGAUAAUGUUGACAAAAACAAGACGAGAAAAACUUUAAAAUCAAGCAAUAUGAAUGGCGUUAUAAAAAAAGACAAAACUAUUAAAGACACUAAAAGAUGUAUUGAAGUGAACCACAUAAUUAUAAGUAACGAUAGCAAUACUGAAAAAGCAAUUGACAACGACAAAAUGUCUUCUAAAAUUUCUUCGGUUGUGUCUCAGCCACAACAAACUACUACUAGCAAAAAUCAAGGAUCGCGUAGUACGGCUACAUUUACCGCCUUGCCGUUCAAAGCUAGAUAUCAGCGUGUAACUAAGAAGCGUCCCCGUAGCUCUGCCAUUAAUACAAUGAUUAGCAAGUAUUUCAAUUAUUUACAGUCCCGGCUUGUACAGUACGCCCCUUUGAUGGUCUUUUGGUUUAUUCAUUUGCUAUGGGACGUUAUCACUAUGAGUUUACAUCUACUUAUUCAUUUGUCGGCAUCUGGCAUGACUCAAGUAUUUGACUCUUGCAAAAAAUGUUGGUCGCAGUUCUGGCUUGGAAUAAGUGCACCGUUUACAGGUGCAUCUCAUUGGGCAAGGGUUAGAUGGAAAGAUCCUCAACCAGACAACACUCUCCAGACAAAUAUUCCACUGCCAACGACUGGUGAAGAGGCUCUAAAAAGGCUGCUAGCUUGUAAAGGCAAAGAUCCUUACAGUAUUUUGGGUGUGACUAGUGACUCUUCGGAGGACGAUAUCAAGAAGUAUUAUAAGCGACAAGCAGUUCUUGUUCAUCCAGAUAAAAACAAUCAGUCGGGUGCCGAAGAAGCUUUUAAAAUCUUAAUUCAUGCAUUUAACAUGAUAGGAGAUCCAGAGAAACGUAAACUUUACGAUAGUGGUAUUGAACAUAUUAAGGAAAAUUACGACGAAUUGAAUAAAUUGCUGAAGAAUCUUCAUGAAAAAAUGGCACAAGUGGCUAAUACAAUCAGAUGUACGAGUUGUGGCAAACGGCACAAAAGAAAACUAGUAUCCUGCCGUCCAAUGUACGCUGCACGUUUCUGUGCACUGUGUAACGUCAACCAUUCGGCUCGCGACGGUGAUAUCUGGGCAGAAAGUAGUAUGUUUGGUUUGCGAUGGAAAUACUACGGUUGCAUGGACGGCGGUAUAUACGACAUAACCGAUUGGGCCACUUGUCAGCAUGGUAGUUUGAAGCAUAUGAAAGCGGACACACAUUCAGUACAGUACAGAAUAAUAUUUGGGGGCAAACAACAAACUCCCGAACCAACAGUUUCCACAUCGCCGCCUCCACAACCGCGGACUCAAGUGCCUCCGCCGCCCACUCCGUUAUUUGAUUUUCACCAACCUCAUUUGGAUGAAUUUCUAAGUUCGUUCUACCAACAUCCUAUGCCGGGAUCAGCCACUAACGGAGAGUUUGGUACUACAUCGGAUAUUCCCCGACAACGCACCAAGAAUAAAAGGAAAAAAUAAACCAAGUUGCUUCCUUUAACAAGCCCCCGUUAGAUAUUUAAGAGUUCAGUUAAAAAAAAAAAAAAACGAAUUAUGAAAUAAGUAUAGGACGACUAAUCUUCUAUAAAAAUUACACGUUUCCUAUUUAAUUAUUAUUUUCUGCGUUUUAAAAUAACCUUAUCACUUCAGUAAAAUCAAUAAUAUCAGCUAACCAUAAUUUAAUUUUUUUCAUUAUCAUUUUUGUCAUAAUUAACACAUCUUUAAAAUCAAAUCAAGUGGUAUUAUUUUUAAUAAUUUGCGAUAGUGUUUUAUUAAUUUACUACUACAUACCUAACAUAUGAUUUCCUAUUCUGUUUUAAUGCUUAUUCUUUU